UGCGAAUUCCCCGCCUGUGUGGUCCCCUGACCGGCAGUGUUGUGCUGUGCUAUGGAGAACGGAGCUCUCGAGGAGUCCUGUUUGCCUCACCUUAGCGAUCGAGGGGUGGUGCCGCUGCUCGAGACAUGACCCAGUCCCUCCACAGCAGCCAGAGCAGCGGCGGGGAUGGCAGCAGCCUGCGGGGUUCCCUCGGUAGCCCUGCCAGGCUCUGUGGUCAGGUGGCGGGCCGGACAGACGGCGCCAGGAGUGGCAGGAACCAGUGUAUUACUGAUUUCUUCCAGCCAGCUCCAAAACAAGAUCAUGCUGUGUUAUGUAGUCCAGGCAAAAAAAAUGAGAAAGUUGGGCUUCCAGUCUCACGUGCAAAUCAUCCUAGAAGAAAUGUAUAUUCUCCAAAGCGAAAUAGAAGGAAGAAAUUUCCACUUCCACCACCAGAUCGAAGCCCCAUAAUGGAUGCAUUUUUCAAAGGUGCCAAGAUGGAGAAAAAAGGCAAUUCAAAUGACGGUGGAGCUUCUAUAACCAUGAGAGCCACAUAUCCAAAAGUUGUGGUCCGGAAACUCUUUAUAUCAGAAAGCUCUCCAGACAGUUCCUUCAGAGACGAUGUUUGUUUGAGGGACCUGGAAAAGAGUGAAAAAUGUCCUCUUCCAACAAGAACACCAUUAGUAGAGAACAGUAGAGAAUGUAAAAUGGAAUAUAUGGAUUUAGACAUAAUCAGUUCUGGCUUGAACAAAUGGGCUUCAGCAUCAGAAAAUGACAUCUUGAGAAAGGAAAGCCAUAUAUCCUGGUGCCAAAAAGCAGGUUGUUUCAAGACACUACAAUCCAGCCCAGCCAGUGCUUCACAUCCUUCAUCCCUAGAAACCCCUGACAGUAGUAAACAAGUGAAAAAAGAAAAGAGGACACUAUUUAAACAGCAGACUUCUGGCUCUGUAAAGAAGUCCUUGGCAACUAAUGUGUCUCAGCAGGAUGCCAUGGACUCCUUAAGGAAAAGAUCAUGUUCAGCUUCAUGGGAAUCUUCCACAGAUGAUUCCUCUACAUUACAAGCCUCAAAAGUUGCACUUUCUUCAGGACAGUUUUUGCAUGAGACCAUAAGAAAAAGCCAAUCCUGCCCAUCCGUAUGUGCAGUCUCCCGGACUUCAUCGGAAAUAUCCAAACAUAAAGAACAUCCUGGAAAACGGAAAAAGAUCUCUUUGAACAAUGAUUUGAAAAUUUCACAGAAGCUAGUUGGACAUAGUUUGGAUACGCAUAAUUUUAGUGGUUUACCAGGAAAGCACAAUUCUGAAAAUGAAAAAUACAGAAGAUCUUUUAGUGGAGGGGUAGAACUUGAGGAUAGAAAUCCAUCUGAUGAUGUGUUGCCUCUUUCAAUGGAAUAUCUUGAUCUCUGUGAAGAAAAUGGUAACUGUGAUCAGUUGGACUGCAUUAUAAAUAAAAAUGACCACAUUCGUACUUCAGAUGCCUCAGAGUCACAGGCAGUCCCUUUUAAUUCUUAUUUAGAGGAGUUGCUUCCUUUGUGUCAGGAACAAAAAGGUGUGUUUGACUUUCCUUCAAUUUCAUGCAAUAGUUUCUCAAAAGUAGAAGCAGAAAAGACCCCAAAGGACAUAUCUAGCACUGUUUCGUCAUCAAUAGAUUGCAACGAUGUCACCAUCCCUCCUCCUCCACGUGGCUUAAAUGAGAUGAACAGUGACGAUUCAAAUCUAGAGUUGCGUGUGUUGAAUAGGAAAUCAUGGAACCUUUCUGAUAGUGAGGAUGACAAUUAUGACUGUGGCCUGGACAGCAGUGAUGACGAGAUACUGUUGUCAUUUGAGGAAAUACUGGCUCAGAGUGCCAAACCUACAAAAAACCCAGAACCCACAAAUGAUGAUGAUGGUACACAGGACAUCACGAUCUCCAUCAUGACUAGUCUCUCGGGCCUUUCCAAGCUGCCCAUUGAAACUCAAGUUUCCUACGUCAGCCGAUUGGAGCAUCUUCUGAAGGAGAAGGAAGAAUUCAGAAGGGUAGAUGAACUAGAGAAACAGCUGCAAGAGGUUAAACAGCAGGUUGAAAGAGAGUCACCAUCUAAAGAACUAUCUGAUGAUGGAGAACUGACUGCUGAGCACAGAGCAUUUAUAGAGAGAUUUUUAGUAAUUGAUGCUAUUCCAGACCAACACCCUGGAGAAAAUAUAUUCCAAAUGGCACAUGCUGGGAAGAUCUUCAGUCAGCAUAACCUUGAUCUGAGGAAUGCUGGAUUCUGUCCCCGUAAUCCCAUUGAAAAAUACCUUGUUGGCUCAGGAAUCACUCAACAGCUUUUUGUAAUAAAUGAAGGCUUGCUUAUGCCUGCUUACCAUAGUUCUCUUUGUCCAGUUCCCAUUUUAAAGUGGAUGUUUCAGAUGAUGUCAGUCCAUUCAGACACCGUUUCAAAUAAGAUUUUGGAUACGUUGAUGGCAUUAACAAUUAAAAAUGCAUCAGUGUUUGACCCACCAGAGCGAUGGAUUCCAUCACUAUGUGAUAUAGCAACGGUGUUAAUCAAUAUGGGUGCUCCCUUUAACACACUAUUUCCUGUGCCGCAUUUUCAGCCUACCUUUACUGAGGGUAAUAUUAUGUCUGAACUCUUAAAGAGUGUGAGAAAGCAAGCAACUGGAGACUUCGCUGAAAACCUGCCUUCUUUUUUUCUCCUGGUUCAAGGCAGUCUUUGCAACCUGGCUAAGUUUCUACAACUGUGUGUAAGUAUAUGCCCAGAACAUUACACUGACAAAGAAAUACUGCUGCUGCUGUUACUUUUGUUUAAACUGAGUUUGGAAAAAGAGCUGAAACAAUAUCCACUAGUAGACUUCCAGCAUCUUAUUAUGAAACUCCUGGAAAAUAUCAGAAAUUGGGAUACGGAGAUGCCCAACUUGUGUCUGGCAAUAAGCUACCUGUCCAGCCACCAUCAUGACCUGUUGUGGUUGGUUCAGUUUGUUCCCAAUUGGACAUCACGUGGAAGACAAGCAAGACGACACCUUAGCUUGAUAGUAAUCUCAAAGCUUCUUAAAAACCGUGUGAAUGUACCCAGUAGCCAGGACCAACAGAUGGCACUUCUGUGCAAGAAUCUGGUGGAGAUGAAGCCUUCAAAUCUGUUAAAGAGAAUUUCAAAAUCAGAGAAACAUCAAGAUGGUCUUAGUAAAGAAUCUCUUAUUUAUGAAUUUGAACCCCAGGCCUACUACUUGACCUAUGUUUUGCUUCACUUGGUCAGGGAAGCUAGCAAUUCUGAGGCUGUGUAUUCUAAUCAAAGGAAAUGGCUACUGAAACUCUGUGGUGCUCUGGAAAAAUAUGUGAAAGGUGAUAUUAAGGAAGAUGCCAGGUUGUUUUAUAGAACUAAGGUGAAAGAUUUAGUUGCAAGAACAUACAGCAACUGGCAACAAAUGAUCCAUAGUUCUCAGCCGACUCAGGGGAAGAUUCAUGAUUUUUGGGACCCAGACUCUUAAAACGGAUGGAUUGGAAAGAACACCAAAAUCAAUACUAGGAAACAGUGACUGAAGACUACAGUACAGUCUGAGAACAGGAAGAAGUCCCGUAAUCCAAACUUCACUUAUUUUCCACCAACAAGGUUCUUCUACUUUGCUCUGUCUUCAGUAUCUUAAAAAUAAGGAUUUUAAAAAUAAAGGUUGGAUAUGCACUUUUAAGGGUGCAGAUUGUGUUUGCUGGGUAGCCCCUUUCUGCUUGUAAGAAGAAUCCUCAAGCCAGUUGUCUUGGACUACUCCCUCCCCCCCAAUAAAAAUCUGUGUAUUCUAAUAUUGUUUUUAUGCAAUUCCUAAUCCUAACAACAAUAGAAAUUAUAAAGGAUAUUGUAAAUCGGACUAUGAUAAAAUAGACUUUAGAGUAACAAAUACAGCUUUUGGUAUCAACAGGAAACCUCUCUGAAAGCCUUUCUAAGGCUCAGUUCAUGUGUGUGGGAAGUGUGUUUUGCACAUCCUUAUUCCUCAGUAAUGGCUCUUAAGAUGGCACAGUAGGGCUGUGGAGGUGAUAGGCAUGCGGAAGAUAAUAGGCCAAAAAUUUGAGUUAAUUUUUUUUACUAAAUUGAAGUCUCAUUAAUAGCAAUGGAACUUAAUCCCAAAGGGGACAUUGAACAAUCAAGUCACAGAUGUUGCAAUCCUAGAGAGUUAACCCUUCUGAGCUGAUUGACCUCCAUAACUUGAAGUGUAAUUCUGCUUAGGAUUGCAAUGUGGAUCUGGCUUUAAGAUGUUUUUAAAGAUUAAGAUGGUUCUUGGAAAUAUAAUGUUAGAAGAAUGAGAAUUUCUGUUCAGCAAAAUGAUAUGAGGUUAGGCAAAAAGUCUCUGUUUUUGUGAAAUUACAUGUAAACCUCCAUUCAAGGACAAGUUUAUUCUUCUCUUUUUUUCAUGCCCCUAUAAAGCAUGGACUAUAUAUGUACAGUGUAUGUAUUCACGCAUUUCAUACAUCUGUCAGUUUUCUGUUAAUUCGUUAGAUGUUGAUUCAUUAAUUGAAUGUCUUUUCCUUUGCAAUUUCAUAUUCUAAACUCUUUGCACUGCCAUAUUUGUGAAUACAGAAUUUUAGAAGCCAUAAUAAAUGUAAAUAUAAUUAUGUAGAAAUAAUAUAAGUCUAAAAUGUUUGAUUUUACAUACAGUUAAUACUUUUCACAUUUUUUAAUAAAUUUGUUAUCCAUUUCAAAUGUCAGUGUGCAAAAUAGAUUGAUAAAAUGAGUGUGCAUGAUGCUAAUUAGAUCGAUCCAAGGUCAAGGGAACAGUUCACGUGGGAACUUUGCUGUUAAUGGCAGUGGGCGAUGCCCUGUAGCCCAAGGCUACGAAAACACUUCAAAUGAUUACUGUUUCUUAACAUUUAUGUUAUUCCAAAACAACCACAAAAUGAGAUUGGGGCAGACGAGGAUUGGACAGUUUUUUUACAACCAAAUUGUAAAAGAAGAACAAAGGAUGUAUUUUACUGAUCCUGCAUUAAAUGACUAGAAUCCAAA